UUUGGUGUCGGUGCCUCUGAAGCUGAAACUCAGACUAAUCCUAAUCUUGUGUCUGUGGUCCUGUUCAGACCUGGCUUUAACGUGGGUCUCAGGUGAUCCCAUCACAGGUGUGAAUGCACCCAUUACGCCUUGAGGAGUAUCUGAAAACCUUCGCUGGCGGCCUGAGCCCAGUGAAGGUCUACCUGCCUAACGUCCUCUGCGUAAACGGAAGUUCGUAUUCGUCCGUAAACAAACAGAAAGCAGAGCUCGGCCCAGCAGAGUGUGUCGGCACUGGGAGAGCUGCUCUGACUGGAACACGAGAAGAAACAGAUCCGGUCUGUGCUGAGACAACAUGAAGCGCUGCCUCGGACUCUUCCUGCUGGUUUGGUUUGGGAUGCUUCAUUUGGGAUCUGGACUUCGCUGCUACAAGUGCUCUGAUUACACCGGGCGCUGUCAGAAUGUCCAGGAGUGCACGUUUGAGGACUCCUGUGUAUCUCUGAGUGAAAGAGGUGGGAAGACCAUCCGUCAGUGCAUCAGGUACACAGACUGCGACAACUCUCGUCUCUCCCAGAUGUUCCCGGCAAUCUCCGGCUUCACUUACCGCUGCUGCACCAGCAACUUGUGCAACUCUGGCAAUGCUGUCACCACAGCAACGCCCAUCCUGGCCCUGGUGGGGUCCCUGCUGAGUGUUUGGUGGCACUGGAUGUGACGGCACUGUGGAUAAAUAACCCCAGUAGUUUAGAGUUUCAGGAUCAUUACUGAAGUUAACAUGAACUAAACCGAGUGUGGCUCUUUGCUCUUAGUCGCCUGUGACUCUUCCUGCUUCUCAGAUCAGGUUUGAAAGUCACAACAAGCUAAGAAGACAUUUUCACCAUGUUUGCUAAUUUUCAGUUCCAGUUCUAUCGAGUUAACAAUAAAUACAAACAAGCAAAAAUACAAUUCUUUGUUGUGUUGU